AUGAUGGGUUACCACUGGCGCAGAAAGUAUUUGAAACGAGUGGCAACACCAAAUGCAGUCCUGAACCCCCACAAGUCUGGUGAGAGUUUCCCUAUAACCUUGUUUCUCAAGAACCUCUUCAAGUAUGGUCUCUCCUGUCAGGAGGUAAAGAAGAUUGUCAAACAGAGGCUGAUCAAAGUUGACGGCAAAUCUAUCGAUGGGACCAAAGACAGCUUACUUAUCCGGUACGAUGCGAAAGGCAGAUUUGUGUUGCGCAGAAUCAAGCCAGAGGAAGCUAUGGUGGGAUCAUCAUAUACCCAGACCCCUAUGGUCAAGGUCAAGGACACCCUCAUGGUGGACAAUACCUCGGGCGAGAUAAAGAAAUUCCUUAUGUCUGACACAGGUAACCUAGUGAUGAAUACGGGUGGGCAUAACUUCGAGCGUGUCGGCACAAUCCAUAACAUAGAAAGUCCACCAGGAUCCUUCGAUAUCUUUUAUGACAAGGACGCCCUUGGACAUACUUUUGCCACCAGACUGUCCCACGUCUUUGUCAUCGGCAAAGGCAACAAGCCAUGGAUCUCUCUAGCCCGGGGCCAGGGCGUCGCUAACCAUCGCUGA